GGGAGUUGCAGUCUGAGUGCAGUUCCGGGCAGGGGGGCGCAGUCGCCACUCUCCCCGACUCUGCCCCUAGUGGGGCGGAACUACGAGUCCCAGGGUCCCGUGCGGCCGCCGUAGUCAAGUGGCUGGUGGAAUUGGCCCAGGAUGACAGCUGGAGAAUGGAGUCAGUUUUAUCCAAGUAUGAAAACCAGAUUACUAUUUUUGCUGACUACCUAGAAGAGUUUCCAGAUACAGAUGAGCUGGUAUGGAUCUUGGGAAAACAGCAUCUUCUUAAAACAGAAAAAUCUAAGCUGUUGUCUGAUAUAAGUGCUCGUCUAUGGUUUACAUACAGGAGGAAAUUUUCACCAAUUGGGGGAACAGGCCCUUCAUCUGAUGCUGGCUGGGGAUGUAUGCUACGCUGUGGACAGAUGAUGCUGGCUCAAGCCCUUAUCUGCAGACACUUGGGAAGGGACUGGAACUGGGAGAAACAGAAAGAACAACCCAAAGAAUACCAACGAAUCCUACAGUGCUUCUUAGAUAGAAAAGACUGUUGCUACUCUAUCCAUCAAAUGGCACAGAUGGGCGUAGGAGAAGGGAAAUCAAUUGGCGAAUGGUUUGGACCAAAUACAGUUGCACAGGUGUUGAAAAAACUUGCUUUAUUUGAUGAAUGGAAUUCCUUGGCUGUUUAUGUUUCAAUGGAUAACACCGUGGUCAUCGAAGAUAUCAAAAAAAUGUGCCGCACCCUGUCCUUGAGUGCCGACACACCUGCCGAGAGGCCCCUGGAGUCUCUGACUGCUUCCACCCAAAGUAAGGGCCCCUCGGCCUGCUGCACGGCCUGGAAACCCUUGCUGCUUAUUGUGCCCCUCCGCCUAGGCAUAAACCAAAUAAACCCCGUCUAUGUCGACGCCUUCAAAGAGUGUUUUAAGAUGCCACAGUCUUUAGGGGCAUUAGGAGGAAAACCAAAUAACGCCUAUUAUUUCAUAGGAUUCUUAGGUGAUGAGCUCAUUUUCCUGGACCCUCACACCACCCAGACCUUUGUUGACACUGAAGAGAACGGAACGGUUGACGACCAGACGUUCCAUUGUCUGCAACCCCCACAGCGGAUGAACAUCCUGAACUUGGAUCCUUCUGUAGCAUUGGGGUUUUUCUGCAAAGAAGAAAAAGACUUUGAUAGCUGGUGUAGCCUUGUUCAGAAGGAAAUUCUAAAGGAAAAUUUAAGGAUGUUUGAAUUAGUUCAGAAACAUCCAUCACAUUGGCCUCCCUUUGUUCCUCCAGCCAAGCCGGAAGUAACAACCACAGGGGCAGAGUUCAUUGACUCUACUGAACAACUAGAGGAAUUUGACCUGGAGGAAGAUUUCGAGAUUCUGAGCAUAUAGGAUAGUGGGAACUCAUCUUGGAGAUCUGUCUUCCAUCUGGCACCAGAAGAACACGAACUCAUCACGUAAAACUUUUUUAGUCAGCAAGUGCCUAAUAUGCCAACAGCAUACAAACUUGAUAGGAAUCAUGACUGAGCCAAUCACCAUUUCUCAACAACAAAAAAGAGAGAAUGAACAAUAUACCCUUUCCCCAGAAAGAACUAAAACAAUCAUGGAAUCUAGAAGCAGAAAGAUUAGGAGGCAUCUCUUGCUUCCCAGCUUCUUACAUGGCCACAGCAAAUCUUCAGCUGCUGGAAUGAGGAGGUGGAUGUGUGGAGGACAGCCAGCAACUCCCACCUUGCUUUCAGCACCAGCAGAUGAGAGAUGGUUACCUUGUGCUUCUUUACCCUUUCAGGUUAGACCUCUUUGGGCUAAAUACUAAGAAGCAAUCUGUUCCCUUGCUCUAAUAAUAAAGUGUUAAUCAUUGUAUCAGAACAAUUGUAACAAGAACAAAAUGUUCUUGUUAAAGUAUUUGAGUAUGUAUUUAAAUAAUCAUAAUUGAUCUCAAAAAGUAUGUCAAAGACAUUACAUCAAAUGCAUAUUUAUUGAUCUUCCUAUUUGAGAGAACCUUACUAUUGAAUGGGUCAUUGUCCCCGUCUUAACUGAUACUUUUGUCAGAUGUCACCCUGUCCUUAAAUCAUUUAUCAUUAAUUCAGGGGUCUGCAAACUUUUUCUGUCAAGGGCCAGAGAAGAAAUGUUUUAGGCUCUGAAGGCCAUCUAGCAUCUGUCACAGCUACUCAUCUCUGCUGGUGAAGCACCUAAACAGCCCUGGACAGUGUGCACGCACGAGAGCCUGGCUGUAAUGCAAUAGAACUUUAUUUACAAAAAAAAAAAAACGGGAAGGGCUGGAUCUAGCCCCAGGCUGUAGUUUGCUAAUCACUGACUUAAAUUAUUGAUUUUUGUUUGGGAAAUUAAAAAUUAUGGUUGAAUUUGACUCCCUUUUGCUUUAUAGUCAUAAUUGGAAAGCUAAUUAUUCAUGUGGUGACAUUAAUCUGUGUAUCAAAUAUUAUUUGGGGACUGUUGUUAUUGUGCAGUUGCUGAGUCGUGUCCGAAUCUUUGUGACCUCAUGGACUGUAGCCUGCCAGAGGACUGAAAUCCUCUGUCCGUGGGAUUUCCCAGGCAAGAAUACUGGAGUAGGUUGUCAUUUCCUCCUCCAGGGGAGCUUUGCAAUGCAGAGGUCAAGCCACGUCUCCUGCACUGGCAGGCAGGUUCUUUACCACUGAGCCACCUGGGAAGCCCCUAAUUUCAAGACUAGCAACAUACUGAGUUUUAAAGCGCAUAUUCAUCAAAUUGGUUUUGUUAACCAUUCUCCUGUAUGGAUGUACCUCACAUCCCAGUGAUAUUUUCCCAUUUUCCAUUCCUUGUCUUUUUCAACUUGUAUGCAUUUCACCUCCAUGCUCAACAAAGUGCCCAAUAGGCCCCAGGAAGGCCAGCAACUGCAGUAUGAAAACUAGCAAAUAAAGGAAAUAAACCAAA